UUUCACCGUGUAUCGUUUAUAGAAAGUCUUUAUUAUUUUAUUUUGAAAGGAUUUCUUUGUAAGUAUCCAUUGUUAUUUCGAGAGCGUUAUUGUUCCUUGUAUCAGACAAUCUUUAACCACUAGAACACGAAAUGCUACAUCGUACUAAUCAAGAAGUCGUUCUUUUAUCACGUCAAAUGUAUGAUGGAAGAAAUUACGCGGCUUUCUAUUCUGGGAAAUGUGAAUGUAACGACGUUCCUGAUGUUGGAUAUUGAAAAGCGUCAUCUCAUAAAACAGCGUGAGCACGGUUUAUCUUUCGGAGAUCAAGAAAAUAAAAUAUUCAUUACUACUCCAUAACAUAUCUUUAGAUAUUUUAUUCACCAAGAUUUGUAAAAUCGGCGCCCAUUUUAUUACCUGGUGCUCUGUAUAGUGGUUAGAUGCAUCUACUUUUGUGGUAAAUUGUCGUCUCUACGGAGAAUAAUUUUACCUAGUUUAAAAGUAUGUUAACUUUAAUAACAUUCCGUCCCCUUUUUAGCAGCAAUAAAACAAUACCUCGUUAAUUUCGUACUAUAUUCUAUCCAUAACAGCAGUUCAUCUUUCCCAACCAUCAUUUACCGAAAAGUCAUUGAAAAAAAUAGAACCUGAGGCUAACUUCUUUUACUAAUCCAGUGUCUUGGUCAAUUUUUGGUUUUAGAGUUUUCUAACUAAUCUAACCGUAAUUCUCCGCUAUCUCAGCCAUGUAAAUAUAAAUAAGUCACUCGGUCAAAUCAGAUAAGACUUAAUUGGCUGCAAAUCACUUUUUCAUUGCAUUCAUUAUUUUUUAACGCUUUGUUCUAUGUAUUUGGUGUGCUAAGAGUUUUUCAGUCCAUCAACCAACAGAGCAACCAGUGCGUGCGUCACAGCUCCUCAAAAGAUGAAUCGUAUUGUUUUUAUAUGUCUGAUGCAUUUGGCUCUUGAUCAAAAUGAAUGUGCAGUGUUCACUGAAGAGCAACGGUUACUACGCGAUCUGUUCCAGAACUACAGCAAGUAUGCGAGACCCAGCAUUGAAAGCGAUGCUCCUGCAAUCGUCACGUUCAGAGCUAAACUUAAACAAAUUGUGGACUUGAAAGACAAUGAACAACUCUUAAAGAUCAUACUUUACAAUUACAUGCAGUGGGAAAACCCGAUCUUGACGUGGGACCCACGUGACUAUGGAGGGGUCCAGGAAAUUAACGUGGCACCGGAGGAAGUCUGGGUCCCGGAUAUUGUCAUUUACAACAGUGCUGAGGAUGUACUAGGGGGUCUAACACACAAGUACAAGACGGAUGUUGUGAUCCAGGCGAACGGGACUAAUAUAUGGCUUGCGCCCGCGAUGUUCCUUACCACGUGCCAGCUGGACGUUAGAUACUUUCCAUUUGAUGAGCAAAAGUGUCUGCUCAAGUUUGGCAGCUGGACACAUGAUUCUUCACGUCUUGACAUGCGCACCCAGACCAAUGGAUCUAACAAGGACAUCUACACGGAGCACGGGGAGUGGCAACUCGUUGGCGUCGAACAGAAGAGGAACGUAAAAUAUUACGACUGCUGCCCCAAGCCAUAUGUAGAUAUCAGCUACACGGUGCACAUCCGCCGAAAGUCAUUAUUCUACUCAUUGUACCUUAUUCUACCGGCUCUACUUAUCACCUCCAUGGUACUUGUAGGGUUUCACCUUCCGCCCGAGAGCGGCGAGCGAAUGCAACUUGGUAUCACUGUCUUGCUGGCAAUGAUUGUCUUUUUACAGUUUGUGUACCAGAAUCUCCCCUCGACGUCUGACAGCGCACCUCUGCUGGGCAAGUUCUACAUCGUGAUGAUGUUCCUAAUAUCCCUCUCCUUGGGAUGCACGUGCAUCAUACUUAACUACUCACACGGUUACCAUGGCAACGAGAUGCCUAUCUGGGUUCGUAUAAUCAUCCUUGACUGCCUUGCCAAGGUAUUUGACUCCAGGCCCCCCACGGACAAGCUAGGGCGUUUUUUGACUGAGGCCGAUAAUCAGCGGAGGGGAGAGGAGUGGAAGCGAGCAGCGAGGAUACUGGACCGAUUUUUCAUGGUGGCGUUUUCGGUGAUGAUAACUUUAGCGAUAGUUGCCCUCGUUCUUCAAGCUCCAUCUUAUGCAUUCUUUCAUUAAGGUUAUCCUUGCUACCCAUCUGCUCUUUAAGGAUUAAACGUUUGCUAUCUAGAUUCGUGUUCCUUCAUAUCCGCUCUUCCGACAAAAAAAGAUGACAGAGGUUGAUUGUCAAAUUUUUACUACAUCUUAUCGAAGUGUUAACUAUGAUUACUAUAUUAUACUGAACCAAGAUAGCAUAAGAUAUCUUAUACCGCAUUCACACCAGCACCUAGGUUUAAACUGGUUUAAAUCUUAAUCUCCCAAGAGUGUAAAGAACCAAAAACAAAACUGAAUAGACUGUGAUGUACAUGUUACUAAGUGAUCAUUUAGCUAGUAAGAAUUCAACACAAUGAGAAACUUUGGCAAGUUAUCAGGCAAAGAAAAACUUUGUUUAACUAAAAUUGGCUGAACAUUUUAUGAAGCCCUUUUACGAUAUCUUAACCAUGAUUCAGAAACAUAGAAAUUAAAUUGUGUAAUAUUGAGUA